UUUGACUAUAAUUCUGCUGCUAAUUUCGGAUUACAUAUACUUUUUCAAUAUCUCGAUUAUUCAUUGAUUACAGCUGCCUUCUUCGAGGAACAGAAAUAUGAUGAAUGCGUGGAGCUAUGCAAGAAGGCUGUGGAAGUGGGUCGCGAGCAGCGCGCUGAUUUCAAAUUGAUUGCCAAAGCGAUGGCUCGUGCAGGCAACGCACUAUCAAAGAAGGAAGAUUAUAAAGAAGCGCUAAACUGGUAUGAAAAGUCGGUCUCCGAACAUAGGGAUCCAGAAGUCGUUAAAAAAGCGAAGGAGCUUGAAAAGGAGAUCAGAGAAAAGGAGCGUUUGGCGUAUGUAAAUCCGGAAUUGGCGCAGCAAGAAAAGAAUUUGGGAAAUGAGCUUUUCAAAAAAGGUGAUUAUCCCGGUGCCAUGAAACACUACAAUGAAGCAGUAAAACGUGACCCGGAUAAUGCUAUCCUGUAUUCUAAUCGUGCUGCCUGCUACACAAAACUCAUGGAAUUCCAACGUGCCCUUGACGACUGCGAGCAUUGUAUCAAGCGUGACCCUAAA